UAUUCCAAGGCUGCCAAGUCUGAACUGCAACAGAAUCUAGAUCGCGCAUUCCGCCUGUACGUGAAAGCGGCUGAAGAUUUCCUCCACCUCAGUCAAUCAUGCAACGAUGCCGGUCUACGUGCGAGUUGCAAACUCCAGGCAGGAAAGGCAUUAGAACGUGCAGAGAAGAUCAAAGCCGUCCGCCCUGAUGUUACGCCAGUAGCCAAGGACUAUUUCUCCGAACAAGAACAGCUUUACGUGCUGAGAAAGUCAUCAUUCGUCAAUAACGUUCGCAUACCGCUUUGGGAUAGCAGCGCGAGCGCAUCGGAUGACGUACGACAACCCGAACUAUCGCCGGAGCAGCAACAGCAUGAUGCAAUCUGGCGUAAGGCUGAAGGGACGAUGGUAUAUUCAUCAGCACAGCGUUUGUCACCUCAAGACAUUGUUCAACACAUAAUCACCGACUGUUCUGUUUGUGCUUCUGUCGCUGUCUGUGUUGGACAUCACUGUCGGUUUAAUUCAAAGAUAGUACUGUCCAACCUACAUCCUCGUGAUCCAGGAGAUGAGUCUUACGAUUCAAGAAGUGGAGUCUAUCAUUUUCGCUUUCUCUUCAAUGGGGCUUUCCGACGCAUAACUAUUGAUGACAAGUUGCCAACUUACCCGGAGGGUGGGUUGAUGUGCAUGUCAACUGGCGCCGAGCACCAAAUCUGGCCGUCGCUUGUCGAGAAAGCCUACAUGAAACUCAUGGGCGGAUACGAUUUUCCCGGAUCAAAUUCCUGCAUAGACCUACAUGCUCUCGUGGGCUGGAUACCGGAGCAUGUAGAUCUCAGGUUGUCAGGAAUCAAACUACUUUGUACUUACGACCUACGUAUAGGGUCCUGUGUCCUCACCGUAGGCACUUGCGAUGCCCCGGCUUCUUCGAUGUUGGUGUCUGAACUCACGCUCCUCCCGGCCCAUUGUUAUGCUGUAAUCGACGUGCAAGAGCAUGAUGGCGUUCGCCAGGUCACGAUGCUCGACUCGUGGACGCAGACUGCAAACGUACAAGGUCGGGAAGCGCAAGCAGCAUCCAACUAUGUGUGUGACCACUCAUACACCUUCAGCCUCGGUUGGGAUACAGUCUGCAGCCACUUCGAUGGCGUAUACCUCAGCUGGGACCCAGGAAUCUUCCGCAAUCAGAUUGUUUUCCAUGGAACGUGGAAGGCUCAGUCGCCGUCCUUCGAAGAGGGCGUGAAUCGAUCAUCUUACUUUCAGCUGCAAUUACGCACGGGAAUGGACACCGCCGCCCAGGACGGGUGUGAGAUCUGGAUCCAGCUGACACGCCAUGUGUCGGAUACUACACGCACCUCUGAGUAUAUUUCUCUCCUUGUCAACGGUCAAGACGAUGGAAGGCAAUCGCCUGCGGACAUUGACCCGACGAUGCUGAAGGGAGAAUACACCAACAGCAUCCAUACUCUGGUUCGAACGAGAGUGUCAGCCACCGAUACCGUUUUGCAUCUGAUAGCAGCGUAUGAUGGCCACUUCAGUGACGUGGGAUUCACGAUCAAUGUGUAUUCGGACACUGACGUUUCCUGGGUUGAGAAUCCACCCAAAGCGUUGUAUAUGAAGGAAAUUGAUGGCGCUUUCACCAGCAAGACCUCUGGAGGCAAUUAUAGCUAUCCUACCUUUAUGGACAAUCCUCAAUUCCAUCUACGGAUCCACCCUAACGUGGAACAAUCCAGGAAGCUCGGAAGGAAUGCCAACGUCAAGGUACCUGUGUCGGUCACAGUGCAUGGAUCCCGGCGGACACCGAUCAACGCCUCGCUAGUCUGGUCGAGGGGAGAGCGGAUUACUGAGUUGAGCCAGAAUGACCUGGUCGCAACUUCGGGGCCAUAUUGCUAUGGAUAUGCACGCGCAUACGGCGACGUACCAGCUGGAGACUACACUCUCAUCAUCUCGACCUUUGAGCCUCAGCAACUGGGCGAAUUCAAGAUCCAGGUUGAGAGUGCAUAUCCCGUUGAGAUCACUUCAAUACCACAGGAGGGUGCCGGGAUGUUCAGUCGCGUGCUUCGGGAUGCGUGGACUGCAGGGACAGCAGGCGGAGGCCCCAGCUCCAGCAAGUUCGCCAAUAACCCUGCAUAUGAGCUACGCAUUGACGCUCCGGCAUACCUUAAGGUUCGCUUGCAGCUGGCCGACGCUACGUCACCUACAUCCAUCAACGUCUCAGUCUUCCAGAGAAAAGCAUCCCGCGGCAUCCUUGUCGGCACCUCAGGACCCUACUCGGACGCAAUCGCCGGAGCGGUAACGCCGCGCAUCGCAUUACAACCAGGCACAUAUCACAUCAUUCCAUCAACGUAUCAUCCGGACAUCCAAAGAGCAUUCAAAUUGAUCGUUUAUAGUACAAUUGCAGUCAACAUCCGCCCCAUGAAACGUGUAUGA